AUGCUUAGCCAUUGCAGCAGCAACGCAAAAGUGUCAUUCAGAUCGCUUAUUACCUUCAUUUGUUUGCUAUACCCAGCAUUCUUAGGUUUUGUUUCAUUUGUCAAGGUCAAAGAUGUAUCACAGCAUCAAUACUCUAAUACCGAAAUCAGAGUAUUUCUUCAUAAGAUGCAUCCAAAAUUGGAUGAAUCGUUAAUUCCUUGGCCAAUUAUGAGCUUCAAAUCAACAUUGACACUAGCUUUUCAAAAACAAAGCACUGAAUUCGAUCCACGUCUUAUUCCAGCCCUUUGGUUGAGCUUCAUUACCAAGUCUCUAUCAGAUAAGGGAGAAUUGCCGUCUUUGCCUUUCGAAUGGGAUACUCUAUUAGAUUUGCGCUCAGUUUUGCAUCAGAGCAAAAUAGAUGGGGCUAGUUAUCCAAGAUCCAACGAGAUAGCAAUGCAACAAAAUCUACUCAUUGCUGACAUAUCAGUUGGAGUGCCAAUUGAGAAACCAUUGAGUGUUUCCGAGCGAGCAUAUGUAGCUGCAAGUUACCUAUUGUAUCUGAAUUCGUUCCAGCCAUCUCAAAUUAACUUGAUUGGGAUUGGCGAGGAUCAAUGGUCUUGUUUGCUUGCAUUGGAUUCUCUGUUUAAUAAAUCUCGAUAUCCGAAGACCAGUCUCAUACAUUUAGCAAAUUUAUUCUUGGAAGGUUCUCCAGCAGCAGAGUACUUGAGCUCACGUCUUAUACAAUCUAAUUUCAACAUGGAGGCACGGAAUCAUUUACAAAAUUCAUCAAAGAAUAACCUAUCCCAUCUCAUGUCCGAUUCCUCUUACAGCUUCGAUUUACUAUCAGAUGAUUUUCGAUUCCCGCACGAGAGGAACCCACAAAACCUACGAAAUUUGCAUGGUAAUGACAAAGCUCUAUUCAAGAAUACUGAGUCCUGUAUGAACAAUACGUCCAAAUACUUCAACGAGGCCCAUCUAAUAGGGAGCCAUAAUGGAUUUCACUAUGAUUGGAGAUUUUUCAAGACAGACACUUACUCGACCUCCGAGCGUCAGUUUGUCCUCCAUCGGACAAGCCGCGCUUGGUUUAAAUUUUGCAAACAACACAGUCUCAAAACAUGGUUAGCCCACGGGUCCUUACUUGGAUGGUAUUGGAACGGUCUCAGUUUUCCCUGGGACGAAGAUAUCGAUGUUCAAAUGCCUGCCCUGAGCUUUUACAAUUUAGCGAGAAAAUUCAAUCAGACGCUUGUGGUAGAUUUUGCAGGCGGUGAAGAGUAUCUGGUAGUACGACUGUACUUUAUUGAUGUGAGCCCGCACUUCAUGAACCGAGCAGAUAUUGCAGGGUCAAAUGUGAUUGAUGCAAGAUUCAUUGAUGUUGAGACGGGGAUGUAUGUUGACAUAACUGCUCUAUCUUUGACUUGUGAGCUCGAACUCGAUUUUUUGACGGAUAUUGAGAAACUCCAUUCAUUAGUUGAUCCGAAAUAUUCAGAGGUUUGUAGUUCAGCAUUGCACCGAGACACCAUGCUUCGAAUAUACCAUGAAGAUCUUCACAGAAGAGAGCAUCGAGCAGUGGCUGACAAGAAGCUAGUAAAUUGCAAAAACAAUCACUUUUACCAUUUAGAAGCUUUGUCGCCCUUGCAAGAAACUAGCUUUGAAGGUGCACUAGCUUUGGUGCCCCGAGAUUUCAUGCCUAUACUCAGAGCAGAGUACCCCAAGGGGAUGCUAUUUAAGCAUUUCAAUAAUUGGUCGUUCCGUCCGUUUCUUGGUGUUUGGGUUCCAGACAAGACUUGCAGAGGUGAUCAUUAUGGAAGCAAAUGCAAGGACGAAGAAACCCUUUUGGAGGUUGAAUAUACCAAGGAUCUUCGUCGAGAAAGGGGCGAUCAGGACUCUAUUAAGUUGGCUAGUGGUAGAGUUGACCCAUUCUUAGUUGCGAGAAAUGCUCGACUUUAUGAAUUGGAGAGAUCAACUUUCUGA